AUGUGCGGCGACGAUUCCUGCAACACCCUGGAGCCUGUGGAGAAGAUGCUGCGCGACGCCAAGCUGUCGAAGAGUCAGGUGCUCAAGGUGGUGCUUGAGGGCGACUUGACGCGUAUUUUUAAGGUGCUGCAGCUGUUGUUGGUCUUUUUUAACGGCAAGGAGUCUGACCAAGAAGCUGCAGGACCUGUUACUGCUGGACUUGUCGCUGCUUUCGCUUGGUGGGGAGACAACCGGCGGUGCGAGGACUGUAUCGGGGUUACACGGCGGUUAUUGAAUCGGUUAGGUUGUGUGUCCACAUUAAGUAAAGAUCUGUGGAUCUGA